CCUUGUGCCGAAGUCGACUUCUUUCUCGCCGUCACCUUCCGCGUGUCACCUGCACGGCUAUGCCCUACCCUUGCUUGCUAAGGUCAUGUAGCUAGACGUUGUUGGUUCAGUACAUUAUUUGUCUAUAAUCGUGGCCGUUAAAGUGUACUUGGCAGGGGAAACGCAGAGACUGUCUCCGUUGGCGCGGUCUAGCGGCCUCGCAACAUGGCUUACAAUCAAUACAAUGUUUAUGCCGACGAUCGCCGAUCUUCAAACACGCGCCGGGAGUCGUAUAGGCCAAGCGAACGAUCAUACACUGCCCAGCGUGAUUCACGAGACGGUAGAUAUGUGAAGGAACCGGGCGAGAUCCGAAGCCCUCACGAAAACCGACCCCCCCGCGAACACCGCCGCGAUAACGAGUCACCAAGACCCAACAAUGAUGCCACUUCCAACCCUUCUGAAGGUUCCCGGCGCAUACCAAAGAUCUCGGCAGCAAACCUGCCCAACAAGCCCGGUGAUGGGCCACGCAUCAACCGAAUCAAUAUAGUCACAGAUAAGCACAUAGCUACGAACCCUAGCCCUGCUGGCAACUCUACCGCCAUAACAAUGCCGGAUGCAAAAAACCCUAAGCUUCAAGAGACAUUCCAAAAUGCGUACAGCUGGGGGGAGAAGCAUCAUAAACGUCUUCUAUUGCGCAUACGCAGAGAUAAAUUGGGGCAGGAGCGCGACCAACACCGACAAGAAAAUCAAAAAUUUAGCAAGGGCGCCGACAAAUAUCCACCAUAUCGCGAUCAUGUUUUAAAUGAGAAAUUUGAGUCAAUAUAUCGUGCUGUCGACGAUGAGACACAGGCUGUCGAAAACGAGUACCGCCGCGACCUCGAACGACUCGUCUCUUCUUUGAUGACUACUUCAGAGCCGGCGACCGUAAACCGUCAGGAUCCAGUAAUUGCUGCCUUAGAGGCCAAAGUCGAACAAGUCUCUGAACAAGCCGCCAAACAAGCUGAACAAAUUCAGAGUCUCCUCGAGGAAAACAAAAAAUUCAGCACUCUAAAGUCGGAAUAUGAUGCACUGAGGUCCGACCAUGAUGCGCUGAGGUCCGACCAUGAUGCACUGAGGUCCGACCAUGAUGCACUGAAGUCACAUUACAAGGCACUAGAGUCAAAAAUAUGCACAUGCGAAGAUAAGACUCACGAGCUACAGUUGCAACAAGCUGAUAUGACGUCUGAAAACGAGAGCUUGAGAAAACAAUUAGAGGACCUUCGAGAUGAUACCCAGGCUCAUGACGUGAAGCUAGCUCAAGUAGCCAAACAAUCGACAGAUGCAGCCAAAGCUCAGCAAGCUUCAAUCGAAUCUCAGAAAGUAUUUGUAACAGGGCUGGAGGAGCGUAUGGCAGGCAUAGAAGCCAAACUCGACGACUUCAAGGACUAUGGCGAUAUUAAAGAAAAGGUUGACGAGCUAGAUAUGUCUACGCUGAUGGAAAUCUACUCGGGAUGGGGGGAUAACACAUACAAUCUGAAAACCCUACUGGCCGAGUAUUCUGAACAUCGUGAUCAAAACGGCUGUUCUAUUUCCGAAACCUUUCGGUCGCUGAGGCAAACAGUAAAUUCAUUGCGGGUUGGCCUAAGCAACAGCCCACUAUCUCACGUCGACACACCUUCGCUGACUGAGACAAUUAAAAGGGUCGUUGAGCCCGAAAUCGAAGCUGCCAAAACUCUGAUAGAGACAGACAACAAGAUCCUGUGCGAAGGAAGGGAUCGCCUCAUUGCUUCGAUGAUUGACGCUCUUAAAGCCCGGGUCACUCUCCUGGAAGACCCAGCAUUGGGUCAUUCGGAACUCAGUAACCGUGUUCACUCACUUGAGCAAUGGAGAGUCCAGUGCGACCCUAGUAUGGAUCGCAGCCAAGGGCUAAAUCUGGUAGAGCGAGUUACGCUCCUGGAGGGAAAAGAGUUUGGCCACCACAUUGAUCGGAUUGAUAUUACAGUCAGCAAGUUGAGUGAAGAUUAUGAUGCUCUCAAAAGCGAUGUCAGCCGAUUACCAGAACAAGACUGGGUAGAAGACCGCCUACAACAAGUAGCUGGCAGCUUCGGCAUAUAUUCUGAGAUUGUCGAUGAGGCGAAAGACUCUCGCCGCAAACUCCUUGCACUAGAAUUAGCCUUCGUCAACCUGGAAUCCAAAUAUCAGAACUUAAACACAAAACAACUGGCGGAACAUAUUGUACGGUUGACAAACCCAGGCAUUGAGCAACGACUGGGAAGACUCGAAACUAGGUCUGAGCAGCUUGAAACUAAACUUAGUGGAAGCGAUAGAACGACCGCCUAUCACACAGAACAAUUGAACUCGCUUUUGAAAACAGUGAAGUCGAUUGGUGAGAAACGGACAGCAUCUCCUGGACAGCUGGACGAGUCUGUUAAAAAACGAAGGUUUGAGAUUAACGGUCGGCACCCCUCAUCCUAGAUUAGCUGGCUCGCCUAUAUCUUGAUGGGAGACAAGAUAUCGCAUGGCCGAGCUCGCAAUGCUGACUACAUAUGUUGGGGAGUACAUAUGUAGAACGUACAAUCAAAGGAAGAACAAGCUUUUCCUGGCGUUUUAGACAUACAUGUCCCCUCAAAGCUCAAGAUACUGCUGCUAUGCGCUUGGAGUUCGGUAACUUGUCUCUCUAGAUCUUCACGCUGCCUCCCCUCUUUUGUUUUCCAUUUUGAUACGAAUAUACCCUCCUGC